AUGGACCCAGCUGAAAGUGUUGGUUCACGGGCCUCUGAGGAAGAGGAACCGUUGAUUCCAGAGGAAAUUGAUGAUGAAUUCUAUAAUGAUCUUCUAACAAAAAUUGGAGAUCUUAUACGAUAUACUCGUAAUAAAUUGGAUAAUCAAGUUAAUGCUGAUAAUAUUCAGAGAAUGCAAAUGGUUUCUGAAAAAUUUAAAUGCGACUUAUUAGCUGAGAAAAAAGUUGUAGAAGAAUUGAAUGAAAUUAUACAAAAAUUACAAGAAGAAUUGGAACAGGCUACAGCAAAAUCACUUUUAGACAAAAGUACAAAUGAUGAAUUAAAAAGUGUUAUACAAAAUGCUUGGAAACAGAGAGAUGCAGCUUUAGUUCGUGAUGAACAAUCACAGGAUGAAAUGUUUAAACUUCGUGAGAAAAUUGAACAUUUGGAAACUGUUUUACAAAGAACUGGUGAAAAGGACAAAAGGGGCUCAACCGAAAUUGAUAAAUUAAGAGACAAUUUUAACAAGGAAAUUGAAAAGUUAAAAAAUGAAAUAAAGGACACAAAUAAAAAAUUACAAAUUGCCAGACAAUAUAUUAUUGAAGUUGAAGCAAUUGUUCAUAGACUUGAAGAUAAAAAUAAGAAUUUGAUUCAAAUUCUGGAUGAAAACUCAUCAGAAUCAUUUCAAGAUAAGAAAAAAUUGGAAAAACUUAAAGCUGAAACAGAACAAGCUAAAAUCGAACAAGAAAAAUGUGAGGAAAAAAUGAGACGGCUUAAGAUUCAAAAUGAAAAAUAUUUGAAACAACAUGUGCAAAAUAGUUUGCAAAUAUUUGCUAUUAAAUCAACUUUAGAUCAAUCCAAAACAUUACAUAAUGCAACUAAUAAUAAAUUAAUAAAAGCAUUAACGGAUUUAGAACAAGCCGUAACAGACAAUGAACGUCUUAAAAUGGAACUUGCAAGAGAUAAAGAUAAUCGUAGAUUAAAACUUGAUAAUAGAAAAUAUUUUAAAAUAGCUGAUGGGGUUACUAGAAAAUUAACUGCUUCAAAACGAUCAAAAAUUAAGGUUGAAAGUGAAGUUAAAAGAUUAAUUAUUCAGCAAUUCACUUUGGAAAAAGAGCUUAAAGGUGAACAAAAAGUUGUUGAAACAUUCGAUACUAAAGUAGGAAAUUUGACAAGAGAACGCGACAAUUUGAAACGUGAAUUAUUGGCUAAAAUUAAAAAACUAAAUGAAAUAAUACGUGAUCUUGAAAUGCAAAUCAAUAAACAUAAAGAAGAAGUAAAGAAAUCACAAUCUGAAACAACAAAGAAACAGGAGGAAAUUGAAGUUUUGUUAAAGAAAAUUGACCGAUUGGACAUUGAGGUCAGAUUUCGUAAUAAUAUCAUUGAAGAUUUAAAUCGUGAUAUUGCUAAAGAAAAGGAAGAAAUUAAAAAGCUUAUAGAAGAAGUUAAAAUGGCUCACAAUGAAACAAGUAACAUUCAACGAAAUUAUGAAAGAGCUAAUAUUGAAAGAGAUAAAUUGAAAAAUGAAGUUGAUAACAUUAAAGAUCAGGGACUUGAACUGAAGGAUGCAGUCACAAAAAAAGCAGCAGAGAUAAGUCGUUUGUCUAUUCAAGUAGAACGUCUUGAAAAAGAUAGAAUAUGCUAUAAGGGUGAAACAAGAAAUAUGCAAAUUUUAUAUCAGCACACAAAAUGUGAAUUAUUAGACAAAAAGAAGGAAAAUGAUAAAUUGCAGAAGACAAUUGCGCAAAAAGAUCAAAAAAUUAAAAAAAUCGAAUUGCACAUUAAUAAUGUAUUACAUGAAAAAAAUUCUGUUUGCGGUAAUCUUAAUAAAGCAAAUGAAGAAAUUGAAGCUUUAAAAGAUCGUUUAGGAUUAACACGAGAUGCUUUAGAGCAUUGUGAACGUUCAUACAAUGAAUCUAUGGAUAAUAUACGAUUGUUACGAAUGGAAGUAAAAAAUCUUCGAGCUGAACGAGAAGUUUUAAAGAAGGAUCGUGAAAAUUCAGCUGAUUUAAGAACUGAACUUUUACAAAUUCAUCGUGUUUUAAAUCAAGAACGUAUUAAAGCACGUGCACUUGAAGAUGAAAUCACUAGACCAAUGAAUGUUCAUAGAUGGCGUGCAUUAAGUGGAAAGGAUCCAGAUAAAAUGGAAUUAAUUUUUAAAAUUCAAACUUUACAAAAGCAGAUACUAGCACAAAACAUUGUAACAAUUCAACGUGAAAAUGCUUUGAGUGAAUCGCACAAACUAUAUACAACUUUAAAGAAUUUCAUGAUGAGAUUACCAAGUCACAAAUUGAAGGAAAAAGUUAUUGAUUUAUCGAAACAUUUGGGUGCAAAAAAUAAUAAAAUUAAAGCUCUGGCAGCUGAAAUAGCUACAAAAGAGAUAGAUGAUAAAGCGAAAGAUACCGCACUUGAAGAUUUACGUGCAAAAUUAACUUCUGCUAAAAAAGAACUAUUAGAUCAAAAGAAAUCUAAAAGAAAACUGUUAGAGGAACGACAAAUGUUUGCUGAAAUGCAAUUACAAUGUUUCUCAGCCCCACCAGCUGCACCAAGAAUUCUAGGUGCAGGUUAUAAGAUGACAUUCGGAAGUCCGAUAAUAAAUUAG